CAUUCUUAGCAAUCAUUCAAUUCCCUGUUUUAAUUACAAACAUUUUGUGCACUUUAAAUUUCAUCAGUAAUAUUUGGUCCAUAAUUAUGGAUGCAUUCUUGCAGAAGUUUCAACAUCUUAAAAUCCAACUGGAAGAUAUAAAAGAAGCCACCAACGACUUCAACAAUGAGAAGAACCGUAUCGGAUGUGGUGGUUUUGGGAAUGUUUAUAAAGGAGAAUUGUCACACUCUGAGGGGCGAAGCAUGGUCGCUAUUAAGCGUCUAAAUCUGGAUCCUAGAAAUCUACAAGGAACACCUGAGUUCCUGAAAGAGAUCACGACGCUUUCCCAGUACAAGCAUGAAAAUCUUAUCUCUCUCCUGGGAUUUUGUCGUGAAGGGGGUGAAUUGAUCUUGGUGUAUGAGCAUGCAUCUCAUGGAAGCCUCGACCGCUAUAUAAAUUCCCCUCUUCUCACAUGGUCACAACGUAUCAAGAUAUGCCUUGAUGCCGCGAAGGGAUUAAGCUACCUUCAUGAUCCAAGGGAGACGCACCAAAGACUCAUCCACUGUGAUGUAAAAAGUGCCAACAUCCUUCUCGAUGACAACUGGAAUGGUAAAGUCUCUGACUUUGGAUUAUCAAUAAUGGGUCCCGCUAAUGAGAAGCAAUCGGUUAUUGUCACCGUUGCAGCAGGGACCCAGGGGUACAUUGAUCCACUAUAUUGGAUGACAAACACUCUAACGAAAGAGUCGGACGUAUACUCUCUAGGUGUGGUCUUAUUAGAAGUUUUAUGUGGGAGAUUAUGUUGUACUUUUAGCAAUGGUCGUGUUCUGCAAGAUUUGGUGCGCACGUGGAUUGAAAGCUAUGAGGAGAAGAAGUUAUAUGAUAUCAUCUUCAAAUAUCCGACCAUUGAACCAUUGGAGCAGGGCGCUUUCGAAACUUUUUCUGACAUUGCAUAUCGAUGUUUGAAGGAAUCUCGUGAAGAUCGGCCAAGGAUGGCUGAAGUUGUGACAGAACUUGCGACUGCACUUGGAUAUCAGAAGCAAUUCCAAGAUCUUAAAAUCCCGUUGGAAGAGAUAACAUCAGCCACUAACGACUUCAACGUUGAGAAGAACUAUAUUGGAGGUGGUGCUUUUGGGAAGGUUUAUAGAGGAGAAGUGUCUCACUGUAAAGGCCGAAGCAUGACUGCUAUUAAGCGUAUUGAUCCGAAGUAUGGACAAGGAGUCCCUAAGUUCUUGAAAGAGAUCAGGACUCUUUCCUGUUACAGGCAUGAAAAUAUUGUCUCUCUUCUGGGAUUUUGUUACCAAGGGGAUGAGAUGAUCCUUGUGUACGAGCAUGUGUCUCGUGGAAGCCUUGACCGCUAUUUGGACUCCCCUCAUCUCACGUGGUCACAACGUCUCAAGAUAUGUUUGGAUGCCGCAAAGGGGCUAAGGUACCUUCAUGAUCAAAGGGAGGAGAGACACCAAAGACUUAUCCACUGUGAUGUAAAAAGCGCCAACAUCCUACUUGAUGACCAAUGGAAUGCUAAAGUUUCUGACGUUGGAUUAUCAAUAAUGGGCCCCGCUAAUGAGCAGAACUCUGUUAUUGUCACAGUUGCAGAAAGUACACCUGGGUACUGUGAUCCACAGUAUGCGAUGUCGCACACCCUAACGAAAGAGUCCGACGUAUACUCUUUCGGUGUGGUCUUAUUGGAAAUUUUCUGUGGGAUGUUAUGUAGUAGACUUGAUUGCAAGGGUCAUGUUGAGAAUAUUUUAGUGCCCACGUGGAAAGAAUGCUAUGAACAGAAGAAGUUAAAUGAUAUUAUCUUUAAAAGUCCUACCAUUCAACCAAUGGAUCAAAGUGCUUUAAAAAUAUUUUCAGACAUUGCAUAUCGAUGUUUGAAGGAAUCUCGUGAAGAUCGGCCAAAGAUGGCUGAGGUUGUGGCAGAACUUGAGAGAAGUUUAGAUUUACUCAAUUGUCAAGAGUUUAUAGGUGAAUGGAACAAACAACGUCCUCUGAACUACAGAUCUGACGUUGAACCGAUGAAGUUUCAGUCCAAAGGGAUCCUCCUUAACCACGGCAAAACGUGGUUUUCAUUGAAUAAGAAGGGAGAACACUGUGAGAUGAUAUCUAUUGGAGAAUGUUUGGGUUCAGAUGUCGAGAGGUUCAGAUUCUCAUCUGAAUAUAAUUCAAGAUUUGCUGUGGGCACCUACAAAUGGUAUAUAUAUAAUGAGGAAUUGAAAGCAGAUGUAAAAACUCAGUUCUUGUCACCAGGAAUCACAUACGCGGUGAACUUUGUGUUCCGGUUUGCGGACAAAAAGGAGAGAUCUGAAUCUAUAUCCCUGAAAUACAGAUUACAAGGGGAGACAGAGAAUUCAAUUUCACAUCUUGCGUAUGAGAGAGAAGAUGAAUGGUGGAUGUGUGAAUUGUAUCAGUUUUCUUGUGACCACAGAAUUGUUGACCUUCAGAUUAUGUUUGAGGGCUACGAUAAUUUUUCCUACAUAUAUGUAGAAGGCAUUGAAUUUCAGCCCUUGGAGAACGAGGAACAUAUAGAUGACAAGCAACCCAUAUCAGAUUUAGAUUCAGAUUCAGAUGCAAAUUGGGAAGAAAAACUGCCAGCUGAUUAUGAAGACUUAAUGAAGUUAUCUAAAAAAGGGAUUUUUGAUUAUUUUCCAUGGACAUCGAAGAAGAAGAAGGAGAAGAAGAAGAAGAAAGCGUACUCAAUUCUUUGCAAAGGGUUCUUAACCAAUGAUGGCAGCAAGUGGUUUUCUUUUGACAAAAACGGGAAGAAAUGUCAUAUGCUAUCAGCGGCUCUCAUAUGGCGUUGGGAAAGAAAAGUGUUAUUACCUGAAUCAAGAUUUGGAAAAGCCAUUCAGUUGGGGGAUAACAGCUAUAUUUUUAUCGAAACUAAUGUCCAAUCCCAACUAGUAUCAUCUGAAACAACAUAUGCAUGUUACCUUGUUUACAAAUUACCAGAAGACCAAUCCAGAUUUGAGGGUCCUAUGAAAGUGAGUGACCAGCAAUGCGAUUCAGGAGAUAAAAUUAGCUAUAGCUAUUUAACAAGUACUCAAACCCCUGUUAUUAGACCAAAGGCUGGUCAAAACACCCACAACCCACUCAAUUGGCCAAAAUUUAAAGGCCUUCCACGCCAAAGGAAGGAUGGAUGGAUUGAAGUGAAAAUUUGGGAAUUCUUAGCUGGCACUACAGUCAACAUGAAUCUCGCUUUGUGCCUUAGUAACUAUAAGAAGUUAAGUGGGCUUAUUAUAGAAGGUAUUGAGUUUAGACCCAUAUAGAUUUUUUUUUAUAAUGGAUAAAAAUAAAUUGUAAACACAAAAUUUGUUUUCUUUUUUCUAUAUGAGUGGAAGUACAUUUGCAUUUCUAUUUCCUUGAAA